GACUCCCUUUGGCUGCGAAGAUGCCUCGUGGUUUCUCGUCCUUUCGCCUCGCCCCUCCUGUCGUGGUCGUCUUCAAACGAUUGAGUCUUGCUUGGAUGCUUCCAGUGCUCGACUCUCUCCGGCUGUGAGUGCGCCUCUUCAUGGAAACUUCUAAAUGGCGUUUUGUCUUUUGAAGUAUAUGGGUCGAGGAGCUGCUCAAGGGCAUGCUGAGAGGAAGCCAUGGUUCUGUUUGAAUAAAUGGGGAAGAAGAAUCUCAGCAUAUGCAUGGAAGCUUUGGUUUACAGCAUGUUAUCGGCCCGUACAACCCAGUCUUCUGUACUACGACAUGAGUCAUUGCGCUGUGCCGGUGGUCAUGAGCACGCCUCCUACUGCAACAUGGAUGAGAGGGGGCUUUCUUGACAGCUCCACCAUGUGUUCUCAUGUGAAAGGAACUUUUACAGUGGGAACUACCAUCCGUGGUAUUAUUUAUAUGGUUCUUAAAAGACAUGAAAUUCGUUCACCAGGGCAUUGAGAAUGGCCCUUUUCGGUAAACCCAUGUUUCAGUGAUCCAGUCUCAUCUUCUUCUGGAUUUCUCCUACCAAGGGUGAGCUGUUUAGCAAAAAUCCAUUGGUCCCAGUCACUGUGGUUGAGCUGUUGGUCCAGGUUUGACACGAACAACCCACUGUUUUAUAUGGUUGCGGUUUCCUGUUGGAGAAGGUUUUGUUCACUGGUCAUGGUUGGUCACUGAAAGGUGGGGUCUCAUGUUCAAUCGUUGCUGCUCGUUUUCCUUGCCAGGCCAUUGCAGUGUUGCUCAUUGGAGAUUUAGAUUUUUAGACAAAAAUCCGUUGUAGACAGCAGCAGCUUAAAACUCAAUUUGAGAAUGAAGUCAUAUGGAGGAGAAUACUGUCUCCUUGAU